GGGCGGCCGGCCGCGGGGGCGAGGGGGCGGGCGAGUGGGGCGAGCCGGCCUGCGGGGUGAGCCGGGAGCCGUGCGAGGUCUGGGGUGGGGGCGACGGGAAGCUCUGGCUCCGCCCCGCCUGGGGUCCCCCAGUGGCGCGUGGUGCGCCCAACCGCCCGGGGUCGCAUUCGGACAAAGACUGCGGCGAGGUCCUCGCCUGGAGAAAGGUUUAUUGUCUCGGUUGCGGGAGGAGGAGACGGGAUUGGAGGGGUUCCGUGAUUUGCCACGGCCAAGCGAAGCGAAGGAGCUAGGAUUCAAACCCAGCGCCUUUGGGAUUCCAAAUCUCAAGACUAGUUUAAAUGUCGUACUACCUACAACAAAGAAUUGGGCUAUUCAGCUCUUUGUGCUUUGUGACACCAGCGCAGUGGUUUGGACCGCGUGGGCUGUGUAUAUCCACCGUCUCCACGUACCUUUUGUAAAAAAUAUUCACUGGUGUCAGUUCUAGAAUUCUGACUGUGCGACUGAGCUUUCUAGAUCAUUUUGCUGACUAAUGUUUUCUGUCCAGCAUCACCAGGGGGCUGUAGAGAGGUGGCUGCCUAGAAACCCGGAGCCUCCAGCUGCCUGCUAAGGAGACAGAUGGAGCUCAAGACGAGAUGCUCCUUGGGAGCCUAGACGUUAAAAGAUCCAGAUUCUGGAUUUUGGUACUGUAUGUUCCCUGGGUGCGCCCGAGUUUCCAGCAGUUUGCUUAUCGAAAGUGGCCAAGCCCGAAUAGGACCUUCUGCCUUGUGGGCCGAGGCAGAGAGCUCCAGAAAGGAGUGCUGAAGUCAACAUGCUCCAGCAGCUUCUGAUCACCCUGCCCAUGGAGGCCAGCACCUGGGUGAAGUUGUGCCAUCCGAAGAAGGCCAAGGAGGGGGCAUCCCUGUGGGAGGAUGUGACUAAGAUGUUUGAAGGAGAAGUGAGGAAAUGUGAGUCAAAUGAGAGACCUGUGCUUCUGACCUAGCCACCAUUUGGUGGCUAGGUCAGAAGGAGAAGGCAGCAGGGAAAGUACCAGUUUUGCUUUCUCAGGAUGCUGAUCAGACCCAGGGAGAAAGUUUCGAGGUUGAAGUCACCUCUGUGCCCUCGACAGUGGAAUCUCAGAUUCCUGCAAGUUCUGGAGUUCUGGCUGUGUGGUGGGUGCUUCUGAAUCCCUCUUCUGCCUUUUGCUCUUCUAGAAGAAUAUAGAGGCAUGCAUUCCAGCCUACUCAACUGGCUGCCUCCCGAGGAGGCAGUUCUUCAUUUAAGAGAGAAGUCAGUGUUUCAGAGUUAAAGUCACAUCAGCCUCUAGGAGCCCCCAGCUUCUGGUGCCACAGGGACACGCCAAAGUUCCGAGGGCAGGAGGUUGUGCUCAGAGGAGACGACACGCCUGUGAAGCGUCUCAGGAGAGGCUCUGGCCGUCCCCCCCCCCCCCCCCCCCGGAAGUGGACAAGCCCAGUCGGGGCGGCGGGGCGGGGGGGCGUCGUCAUGCUGCAGCAGCUCGUCCUCACCCUGCCCGCGGAGGCCGGCACCUGCGUGAAGCUGCGCCAUCCGAAGAAGGCGGAGGAGGGGACGCCCCUGUGGGAGGACGUGACUAAGAUGUUUGAAGAAGCACUGCUCUCUCAGGAUGCUGAUGAGAUCCAGGGAGAAAGUUUGAAGGAUGAAGUCACAUCUGGGUCCCCAGGAGCAGAAUCCAAGGAACUGUUGACCUUCAAGGACAUAUCUGUGGACUUCACCCAGGAGGAGUGGGGACACCUGGCCCCUGCUCACCGGAAUCUAUACCGGGAGGUGAUGCUGGAAAACUAUGGGAACCUGGUCUCAGUGGCAGGAUAUCAACUUUCCAAACCUAGUGUGAUAUCUCAGUUGGAGAAAGGGCAAGAACCAUGGAUGACAGAGAAAGAAGGCCCAGGAGAUCCCAGGUCAGCUUAUAAUACUGAAUAUAAUAAAAGCUGCCAUGAUCUUCUAGAAGACUUGAAGAAUAAAACAGAAACUGAUGCAUCAGCUGCAAAGAAUGACAUUUUACAGGAACACUUAUAUCAUGGCAUUAUGAUGGAAGGGUUCCUGAGAGACGAUGUCAUUUAUUCCACAUUGAGAAAAGUCUCCAAAUACGAUGGUGACUUAGAAAGGCACCAGAAAACCCCUGGAAGAGAUGUGAGACAAGCCAUCCUGACCCACAAGAGUGGCCAAGAAACUAACAAAUUUGGUGAAAAUAUUGUCGGUUCAAAUGUUAUUAUAGAGCAGAGGCACCGUAAAUGCGAUACACCUAGAAAGAGGAACAAAUACAAAUUACACUUGAUUAAUCAUCCGAGUUACAUAAGAACAAAAACCUAUGAAUGUAAUAUAUGUGAAAAAAUCUUCAAACAACCCAUUCAUCUUACUGAACACAUGAGAAUUCAUACUGGUGAAAAGCCUUUCCGGUGUAAGGAAUGUGGAAGGGCCUUUAGUCAAAGCGCAUCCCUUACUACACACCAGAGGAUCCAUACUGGCGAGAAACCCUUUGAAUGUGACGAAUGUGGCAAAGCCUUCAGACAUCGCUCAUCUCUUAAUCAGCAUCAUAGAACUCACACUGGAGAGAAACCCUACGUGUGCGAUAAAUGUCAGAAAGCUUUCAGCCAGAACAUUAGCUUGAUCCAGCAUUUGAGAACUCAUUCUGGAGAGAAACCCUUCACAUGCAAUGAAUGUGGGAAAACCUUCCGACAGAUCAGACACCUUAGUGAACAUAUAAGAAUUCACACUGGGGAGAAGCCCUAUGCGUGCACUGCGUGUUGUAAAACCUUUAGUCAUAGAGCGUAUCUAACACAUCACCAGAGAAUCCAUACUGGGGAGCGACCCUACAAAUGUAAGGAAUGUGGGAAAGCCUUUAGGCAGAGGAUACACCUUAGCAACCAUAAAACUGUUCAUACAGGAGUGAAAGCAUAUGAAUGCAACCGCUGUGGGAAAGCCUACCGGCAUGAUUCAUCCUUUAAGAAACAUCAGAGACACCACACUGGAGAAAAACCUUAUGAAUGUAAUGAAUGUGGAAAAGCCUUCAGCUAUAAUUCCUCACUGAGUCGGCAUCAUGAGAUACACAGGAGGAAUGCCUUUCGAAAUAAUGUUUGAAAAUAGAUUAUUCUACAUGAGAACAAAAGCUGGCUCUGAAUCAGUGAUUCUGUGUUUUUAAAUUCCAGGAUUCAAAUUUGAGAAAUUGAUAUCAUGAUGCCAGCUUUUAAUUUUGCCCCUUAUGUAAAUAGUACGUUGAUAACUACUGUCUCCUAACACCUCCAUACAAAGUACUUAAUCAAGAAUAAUUGGUCCUUGAAAUUAAAUGGUCCUUCAAAUUAAAUUCAGCAUUAUGGAGAAUGCACACAUUAUUGUUAUCUUUCUGAUUUAUGGUGGAUUAAUUAUUCUCCAUGGGCAUUCACUGAUUUAUAGACUAACAAUUGGGAAGAACUUUUGAAAAUACCACCACCUCUAUUUUUUAAGUAAACUUUUAUUAUUUUUUUUAAUGGGGAAACUUAAAAGUGGUGUAAAGCUCAAAAGGCAUAGAAAGUUAUAUAAGUGAAAAUCUUUUUCCCACAUCCCCCACCACCAAAUUUUUUAUAGAGGCAACCACCAUUUUUUAAUAACUAAUUUUUUUGUGUGCACCCUUUCAGAGAUUUUUGUAUUUGUAUCCAAGAGAAUACAAAUGCAGAGUUUUUCUUUUUAAGCAUAAAUGGCAGCCUCCUUUUUAAACGCUUCUGCACAUUACUUUUAUUACUUAACCAUAUAUCAUGAAGGUCAUCCCAUGCUGGUAGAUACAGUGUCUACUCAUUCUUUUUACAACGACGUAGUAUUCUGUGGUUUGAAUGUACUUUAUCUAGCCAGUUCCCUAUGGAUGGACUUUUGGAUUUCUGUUCUGUUCUUGCAAUGAAUAGUCAUAAACAUUUUUUAUUUCUUUCACAUGUAAGUAGUUAUGUAGGGUAAAUUCCAAGAACUGGAAUCUCUCACUAGAGGGUAUGUGCAUUUUCAUGAUGGAUAUUGCCAAACUGGCCUUCAGAGAGAGGUUGGGCCAAAUUAUUUUCCUACCAGCAAGAUGGAGAACUGUGGGAGCCACCUGCUGCUGAAGCAUGUCCUGGACCAACUGCUGUGUCAAUCAUCAAAGAAGUAUUGGUUUGUCUCAGUAAUUUAGCAUAGAAGGACAGCUGAGCUGCAGCCCCAGGAAGAGUGGUGCUUGCCAUUCCUGGAGCCAGAGAGGAAUCUGCCUCUUCCUGGACAGCAGCCAAGCCCACCAAAGUCUCAGCUGGAGAAGGAGAAGCCCUUUCUCCAUCAGCUGCUGCGGUCCCUGACUUCUGAGGCUGGGGCUGCCUGAUCAGUGAGAGUCCCUUUAAGGAGACCAAUACACUUGUCUUAGCAAGUAAAAUUUUGGCUGCUGCCCCUCUGUUGGAAUGGAGGAACACUGACAGUUGAGUCAGGGUACUCAGGAUGGCAGGGUGUACCAUGGAUGACCAACCACACAGCCUUUUACAGGAUGGCUAUGUUAGCAAGUUAUAAGUAACACAUGGAGGAAGACAGAAAGGAGGUACGGUGUGACUUUCUAUUGAGCAUUAAUUAAUGAUUGAGAGCAUUAAUUAACACUGCUAAUGUGAAAGCUGAGCAUCAAGACUAGGACCACAUGCUUUUGUACAUAUUCAUUUUCCAAUCUGGUAAACGUUUAUUAAAGUUUUAGUGAUUCUGUGAAAUGGUAAUGGAUUUCUCCUGAUCUCCAUCUCACAGCCGCUACUCCAGUUACAAAUAAAAGCCUGGCACUGAGA